AUGGAGGACCAACCUAUGCCUCUCCUAGAUGGCCAAAGUGGACCGGAAGGUGAGGAAACUGGUCUUAGUAUAGUUAGGGAGACUCUAGACCUAUCACAACUCAUUACAGGUGGCGCAACCCAAGCUUCGAUGCCCUCAGAAGAGGAGAAUAACAACGAGAAAGUGGUCCCGCAAGAGACCGAAACACAAGAAACCCAAGACACCAUCACCACGGCAACAGCAACCAAAAGCAACCAAAGGAAGAAGAGGCAGACAUUCUCAUACGCUGGCCGCCACUUCAAGUGCAACAGCGAGGUGUUCCUUGACCAGACGUAUAGCAAUUCGUAUCUGCAAAGAUACCCUCAAAAUGACCUUGAGCUUGUCGGAAAAGUCAUUCAAUGCCCCACCACCAAGAAUGGCAGGAAGUAUGGCUUUCGAUGGGUAACAUUGGGCACUCUUAUGAAUGUGGAAUGGACCAAGUCAUAUGUAGACUUCACCGCUGCCUUCCGUGCCAAGCUGAAAGGUCUCAUUUUGGCCUACGAAGAGGAACAGAAGCAGCUAUCAGCCGGUCUUGAAGGAACUCCCGCGGACCAGAGUCAAGCUGAUACUUCAACAGGAAGGGCAUCAAAUAAUGGGGAAACCCCAACAACCAAUGAAACAACGGCCAAAGGCAGUGGUGGCAGUGGAGGACCCACAGACGAAGAACGUGCGCAAGCGUAUGCUAGCCUAAAAACAGCGUGCUCAACAGGAAGAGGGACUAGCAGUGAAGGAAGACAAAGACAUGGCGGUAGACGCAUUACAAGAGGAGAUGAUGUUGAUGGAUAUGAAUCGGACUCUGAGGAUGGAGAGGAUCUGGAUCAAUACGACGAUGCUUUCAAUCUCACACAGUUUGCUGAAUAUGACACGGAUGAUGACAUUUUCGAAAUUCAAGCCACAGACGGAACAACAGUUGCCAAAGAAGAUACCUAUGGUAAACUGGCACAAAAGCUUCAAUGGAAAUUUGAGUCAGUGAAACCUGGUGAUGUCCCAUUCGUAGAGAAAAGCCACAUGCGAAGGGGAAAGGAUGCAAAGAUGCAGUUGAAGCCAGGAGUGGGUGAUAAAUGGAAAGAUCCCUUCGAAUGCUUCCAACGUCUUGGAUGCAGUUGGGAGUUUGUCACUGCCCUGACAAGAGAAUCCAAUAACUACGCGAACAACCAUCUUCUAGACAAAGAAAGGAAGAAGAAACUGUGUGGUGGCAAGUGGAAGGACAUAAGCGUGAAAGAGAUGUUCGUGUUUCUAGGCAUCUUGUUAAAGAUUUCGAUGUCACCGACAGAUGGUGGUGGGUACAGGGCUUACUUCCGAAAAGAGUGUGAAACAAUCAAUUAUUGCAACCGCAUUGACCCUAUGCCAAUAAAGAACAGCGCUGGUUGGGCCCAUGAGUACAUGUCUCUUACUCGCUUCAAGCAAAUUAGAGCAGCUUUCCACCCUGAAGACAAAGACAUGGCUGCUGGGACGAGCGACAAAUGCUACCAGCUAAGGAGGGCAAUAAACUCAACGAAUUCUGCUUCCAAAUCUGUCUUUGAAGCAGGAUCGCACUGCGCUUUCGAUGAAGGUGGUGUGGCAUGUCGUUCUCGCUUCUGCCCUGUGAGACAGUACAACAAGGACAAACCCAAUAAGUUCAGAGUGGAUUUCUUUAUCCUUGCAUGUUCGAGCACUUACGCAAUCCUUCACAUGGACGUUUACCAAGGAAGAAAUGCGAAGAACAUUAGUAUCGACGAAAGCAUCCAUGACUUACCAACAACACAGAAGGCCGUCAUGAAUGCUGUUAUGUCCACAUUUGGCGAUGAUGGUCAAGGCGCGAGACAUAUAGCGAUGGACAACCGGUACAUGUGCCCCGAAUUGGCUGUUCUGUUAUUGACAAAGUGCGGGUGUUACAGUACAGGAACCUGCCGUCGUAGAAGGAAAGGCUUCCCUGGAGACCUGCUGGACUUGGACAAGAGCAAAGACGCUCGUGGAGAAUACAGGAUAGUGGCCGACAAGGUCAAUCGAUUACUUAUGAUGCAGUGGGUAGACAGCAAAGUCGUCACAAUGGUAUCCAGUAAGAAUGACACUACGGUGGGUACAGUGAAGCGGCAGGUUGGACCAAUAGCAAGACAGCUGGAUUGUCCAUCAGCCAUGAUUGGGUAUCAGAAGACAAUGUUCGGUGUUGACAAAGGGGAUGAGAUGAGAGCUCAUUUCGGAGGCUUUUCCACAAAAGCUCACUUCAAAAAAUGGUAUAAGCGAGUGUUCCUUGCCAUUCUAGACGUGAUGCUGAUGAAUGCCCAAAUUGCUUGGAAUCUGUCUGCACAAGAAAAGGCGUCAAGGAAUAGGAAUGAGCUGAAAAGGCACGAAUUCAUGUUGUUUGUUGCAGAGUCCCUCCUCGAAUACGACGAGCCAGAAGCAAUAACAGCAACAAAGCAAACCCAAGAAGAUCCAAUGAAAGGCCACCUGCCUCUCCAGCCAAAGAAAGCUUCAUCGAGACAGCGAUGUAUUGUUUGUCGACUUGAGAGUGGGAAGUAUUUUGACCCAACUCUGGGAGCGAGUGGCAUCAGGUCAGGCCUAAGCGUCUGCUCUGUUUGUGGUGUCUUUGCCCACAAUCACAUUGUCACAGAAUCCGACCGGCAUAUCCACAAACUAAAACAGUUCCAGAACAUGACUUGUUUUGAGAUAGCGCAUCAUCCGGAUGGGCUUGCCUUGUGGCCAAUACGGGAUGCGAACCACACCAAGGGACCUCGAUCAACCUGCAGGAAAGCUCCAGUUUGGAGGUCGCUCAGGAAGCUUUACGGCAAGUCGGAAGUGGAAACUCGGAAACAUUCUGGAAAGCGCAAGCGACAAGAUGACCAGGGAGAUGACAACCUUACAGAUGAUUCAGCAGAUAAUGAAGAAGCAGACAAGGAUAAUGACAAAGCACAGGUGAACGAUGCUGCUAGGUCUAGGUUGUGCGAUAGCAGCGACGAAAAUCUUUAUGAUUAG